AUGAAUAAGUCUUCACUCUUGGUCCUCCUAUUCUGCUUCUCAGCAACCUUCGCCGCAGUUCCAGUGGCCAUGAACUGCCCAGAUGGCUGGAAAUGGUUCAUUAGAUCCCGUGGUGGCUGGUGUAUGAAGGUCUUUGUUGAAACUCUCGUACAAGAAAAGGCCGAAGAAAAGUGUGUAGCCCAGGGAGCCACUAUCGCCGGAGUCCAGAAUGCCAAUGAAAGCGCAUGGAUGAGAUCCGAAUUUGAAUCCCAAUAUAAAACACCUGCAUACAUGUGGGUCGGAGGUAAACGUAUCAAGCCUUGUUUGAAUUCUGGGCUCACUGCUGCAUGCUCAAGGGUCACUUCAUUCUAUUGGACUGACAAGUCUACUGUAGGAGUUCAAGGAUUUACCUGGAAGGAGGGGGAACCCAAUAAUCAUGGAGGAGGAGGGCAGUGGUGCCUUCAACUCAUGAGUAACACUGGAUUGAUGGAUGACGUUAAUUUGGAAAUUCAAGCUGAGGCUAAGUGUGAAGAACAUGGAGCAUUCAUUGCUGCCGAUUUGGAAUCUUUUCUAAAGGCUCCUGGAUACUUUUGGAUUGGAGCCAAACGUAUCACCCCUUGUAGGUAUGUGGGAAUCACUAAUAGGUGCUCACAGAUCACAUGGUUUUAUUGGAUUGAUGAGUCAACUGUCGGAGUUCAAGGGUUCCGGUGGUUGCUUUCAGAACCGAAUAAUGUGAAAUGGUCUGACAAAAGUUCCGGAUAUGUUUGCGGGAAGGUUGCGUCGUUUGAUUAA